AUGGGGUCGCCUUCGUCGUCGCUCACCAGCGUGCCUCAGUUCGUCGGCGAACUGCCAGCGCAACAGGCCGGCACGGGUGACGCCUCUUCUUCGAUAGCCUUCGACCCGUUCACCAGCGCCAGCGCGGCCGUGCGCUCGUCAACUCCGCCUGCUCGCGUGGCGUCGCCGUUGUCGCGAUCAGCCUCGGCACUGCCGGUCUCAGCGGCGUACAGACUCCGCUCUCCGUCACCGCCAGCCGGAUCACUGGCGCACGCCCAGGCACCGACCGCCGCUGCGCCGCAGCCGCACCACCACAGCCACACCGUCAGUAUGCCGUCGGGCCACGCCCAUCCUCUCGCCCACUCAGAGAAGGACCCCGCGCAGAUCUCCGAGGAACUGCGUCAGCUACAGCUGCAGCAACAACAGCUGGAGCAGCAGAUGCAGCAACUUCUCAUCCAGCAGCAGCAGCAGCAGCUUCAACAAGCGGAACCGCUAUUCGACCCCUUCAGCGGCGGCGGACCCUUCGGUCAGUGA